AUGCAGCAGCCCAACUUCGUGGACCAGUCGCAGAUGCAGAACUUCAUGGCCGGUCAGCAGUACGGCUUCGUGCAGGCCCAAGACGGUAACAACGGGAUGAACAUGCAGAUGGGCCAGGUACCCAUGAUGGCCGCAAAUGGCGCCGCAAUGGGGAUGCCCGGUCAGCAGGUGAUGCUUGUCAUGGGUAUGCCCAACCAGCAGGGCCAGCAGAUGAUGGACCAGGGCCACCAGCAGGGAGGUUGGGCCUGCGGCGGACAGGAUGCCAAUGCUCAGCAAGGCCAGAACCAGGUGGGAGGCCAUCCAAUGAUGAUGCCCCAGCAGCAGGCCUUCCAGCCUCAACAGCAGCAGCAGCAGCAGUUCCAGCAGAUGCCGCAGCAGCAGCAGCAGCAACAACAGCAGCCGCAGCAACCGCAACAGCAGUCCUCGAUGCAGCAGAUGCGACCGGCACGC